AAGGCAUCAACGCUAGUUAAAUAGGACUAGCAUCUAGUGACAGGACUUUAAAUCUACUCCAAUAUUUCGAGGUUCAAGAGUGUGUGGUGAGGAAGCAUAUCUGAAUAAUGACAAACCCUUAUGCACACAUUGUUGAGCCUCUGGACCCCCAGAAGCCUGACCAUAAGUUCUACAACUUAAGGAAGCUUGCUGACCCUAGAUAUGAUCACCUUCCAUUCUCCAUCCGUGUGCUGCUGGAGUCUGCAGUGAGGAACUGUGAUGGGUUCCUGGUGAAAAAGGAUGAUGUGGAGAACAUCCUCAACUGGAAGGUGACCCAAAGUCUGACCGUGGAGGUGCCUUUCAGACCAGCACGUGUCAUCUUGCAAGACUUCACGGGGGUUCCUGCAGUGGUCGACUUUGCAGCCAUGCGUGAUGCAGUAAAGAAAUUACAGGGUGACCCAGAGAAUAUUAAUCCUGUCUGUCCUGUGGAUCUUGUCAUAGACCAUUCCAUCCAAGUGGACUUCAACAGAAAGUCUGACAGCCUUCAUAAAAAUGAAGAACUUGAAUUUGAAAGGAACAGAGAACGAUUUGUGUUUUUAAAGUGGGGUUCUAAAGCGUUCCGGAACAUGAGGAUCAUUCCCCCAGGUUCAGGAAUAGUACAUCAGGUCAAUCUAGAGUACCUGGCCAGGGUUGUGUUUAAUCAGGAUGGUUACUACUACCCAGACAGUCUGGUGGGCACUGACUCCCACACAACCAUGAUUGACGGGUUGGGAGUGCUGGGCUGGGGUGUGGGAGGUAUUGAGGCAGAGGCAGUCAUGUUGGGUCAACCAAUCAGCAUGGUGCUGCCAGAGGUCAUUGGUUACAAACUACAGGGGACACCCACCAAAUACAUCACCUCCACUGACAUAGUCCUUACUGUUACCAAGCAUUUGCGGCAAGUCGGUGUGGUUGGGAAGUUUGUGGAGUUUUUUGGCCCCGGUGUUGCCCAGCUGUCCAUUGCUGACCGUGCCACCAUCGCCAACAUGUGCCCCGAGUAUGGAGCCACUGCUGCCUUCUUCCCUGUAGACCACAUCAGUGUGCAGUAUUUGGAGCAGACCGGGAGGGAUUCAGAGAAGCUGAGUUACAUAGCUCAAUAUCUGAAAGCAGUGGGCAUGUUCAGAGACUACAGCAACACCGCUCAAGAUCCACACUUCACUCAGGUUGUUGAGUUGGACCUCAGUGAGGUCGUCCCCUGCUGCAGUGGUCCCAAGCGGCCACAUGACAAAGUGGCUAUAUCAGACAUGAAGCAGGACUUUGAAAGAUGUUUAGGAGCCAAGCAAGGGUUUAAAGGAUUUCAAUUGGCCCCUGAUCAUCACAAUACUAGUGUACCAUUCCAGUAUAACGGGGCGGAGUAUUCACUAUCCCACGGAUCUGUGGUCAUUGCAGCUAUUACGAGCUGUACCAACACCAGUAACCCCUCUGUCAUGCUGGCAGCAGGUCUCUUGGCCAAGAAGGCUGUUGAGUGUGGUCUCAGUGUCAAGCCAUAUAUAAAGACCAGCCUAUCUCCAGGUAGUGGAGUGGUCACCUACUACCUUAAAGAGAGUGGAGUCAUGGACUUCCUCACACAAUUAGGUUUUGAGGUUGUUGGUUAUGGCUGUAUGACCUGCAUUGGAAACAGUGGACCCCUUCCAGAGCAGGUUGUAGAGGCAAUUACUCAGGGUGAUUUGGUAGCUGCUGGUGUCCUGUCUGGAAACCGAAACUUUGAGGGUCGUGUUCAUCCCAAUACACGGGCCAAUUAUUUGGCUUCUCCUCCACUGGUCAUUGCCUAUGCCAUCGCAGGCACAGUGAGAAUAGACUUGGAAAAGGAGCCCUUAUCGGUGAACUCUGAGGGAAAGAAGAUUUUUCUGAUGGACAUAUGGCCCACGCGAGAGGAAAUCCAAGCAGUGGAGAGACAAUUUGUUAUUCCUUCCAUGUUUAAGGAGGUCUAUGAGAAAGUGGAGAAAAUAAAUGAAAGCUGGAACUCCCUGAAAGCCCCCUCUGACAAGCUGUAUACCUGGGAUCCCAAAUCUACCUACAUAAAGUCCCCACCUUUUUUUGAAGGACUGACCCGGGAGCUGCAGUCACCAAAGUCCAUAUCAGAUGCAUAUGUACUGCUCAAUUUGGGAGAUUCUGUGACCACAGACCACAUCUCGCCUGCAGGAAACAUUGCACGUAACAGCUCUGCUGCUCGUUACUUAACUGGCCGUGGACUAACUCCGAGAGAGUUUAACUCAUAUGGUUCUCGUCGAGGCAAUGACGCAGUUAUGGCUCGAGGCACAUUUGCCAACAUCCGCCUCUUUAACAAGUUUCUAAACAAGCAGGCACCCUCCACAACUUACCUUCCUACAGGGGAGACGAUGGAUGUGUAUGAUGCAGCAGAAAAAUAUCUGCAGGCUGGUCAACCUCUCUUGGUUCUGGCUGGUAAAGAGUAUGGAUCAGGCAGCUCCAGGGAUUGGGCUGCCAAAGGACCCUUUCUGCUGGGCAUUAAAGCUGUGCUAGCAGAGAGUUAUGAGCGAAUUCACCGCAGUAAUCUGGUGGGCAUGGGCAUCAUCCCUCUAGAGUACCUUUCAGGUGAAACGGCUGAAAGCCUCGGGCUCACUGGCCGCGAGCGAUACACUGUGGUCAUCCCCCCACAGCUCACGCCCAGAAUGACCGUGGACAUCAAGCUGGACACUGGUAAAGCAUUUCAAGCUAAGAUGAGGUUCGACACAGAUGUGGAGCUCACUUACUUCCAUCACGGUGGCAUCCUCAACUACAUGAUUCGCAAAAUGUCUGAAAAUUGAAAAAUGUAUUAAUUUAAUGCUUUCUUCACGACGUUCCACACUAAACACACACAUUUUUUUUUUUUUUUAAACUGACAUGGAUUUUAGUAUGUUUCCUGUUAAAUUUUGGAUCUAAAGUCAACAUCAACAUGUCAUGCAUACUCAUUUAUUCAGCAUAUUUGAAUCAAAUACAUUUAAUCAAAUGCUGUUUUUAUUUUAGGGUAUAUGCAAUCAAAUGGCAGUAUUGGUUUGGUUUAGGUUCAAUUGGAUUGAAUGGGAUGUUUGAAAGCAUUAAUCUUCUCCAUUCUAACCCUUCCUCAACACUGCAGUCCCAUUUUUGCUUUACUCUUUGUUUAGUCAAUAUCCAUUUAUAAAUGAACAAUCAUUGUAUUAAUUACUGUAAUGACAUUGAACUUGGACAAGUUCUUUACAGAUAAAAAUUGUGCAAAGUAUGCACCAUGAUUAUAAAAAAAAUACAUAGAAUUUUUUUUUACUUUUAAGAUGUAUAGAUUUAUUGUUUUUAUUAUUUUAUAUUUUUAAUUCUGAAGAGUCAAGUAAUGGCUAUCCAUUACUGAUAAAUUACUUCUAGAGUAAAUUAAUGAAAGACAAUGGGGGCCUAAGUAACUCAGCGAGUAUUGACACUGACUACCAUCUGGCUGGAGUCACUCAUCAUGCCCUGCAUUCAGACUUGCGACUCUAGCCAGUUCUCCUAAGCAACCAAAUUGGCCCAGUUGCUGCCAAUGUCACAUGGGGUAUCCUCCUCGUGGUCAUUAUAUUGUGUGGUUCUCGCUCUUCGGUGGGGUGAGUUGUGCGAGGAUGCCGCGGAGAAUAGCGUGGGCCUCCACACGUGUUACGUCUCCACGGUAACGCACUCAAUAAGCCACAUGAUAAAAUGCAUGGAUUGAUGGUCUCUGAAGUGGAGGCAACUGAGAUUCGUCCUCCACAACCCGGAUUGAGGCGAGUCACUAUGUCACCACGAGGACUUAAAGCGCAUUGGGAAUUGGGCAUACCAAAUUGGGUAGGGAAAAAAAAAAAUUAUGAAAGACAAUGUGUUGCCCAAUCAACAGUUUAAUCAAAUAGUCCAUUAGAUUAAUUAUUUCAACAAUAUGGGCUUUGCUCUUUAAUAAGCUGCAGCAUAUGUACUAUACAUUUGGAAGUGCCUAUAUUUUGUGUUGUGUACAUAAACACCAGAAGAAAGUCUCUCUACUUACCAUUCCAGUGUAAUUACUUGUGUGUUUACACUUUGUUGAAUAAUUUGUCUUUAUUCAUCAUGAAAUAUGUAAGGCAUUCCUGUGCAAAGUGCUUAUUCUCGUGAAGAAAAACUAAAUCCAUCCAAAGCUUAUCUUGCUGAUCCUGAGUAAACAUAAUAACAAAAAGGUGCUUGAAAUCAGGUGUGACUUUGCUGACUUUGACAAAACGUAGCUGUUUCAAAUACAUACUCUUUUCUGUACUGUGCAAACUGUACUUUACUAAACUGUACGUUGUUGUAAAAACAGUUAAGGAAAAAUUUAACUGCUUUUGGUUGAGUUCUUAUGAGUUUCAGAGUAGACUAAGAUAUUGUUGAAUACUUAGUGUGUGUGUGUGUGUGUGUAAGAGAAAAUAUCGUUAUAGUUAUUGUAGAAUGAAGCCUUUCAUCUCUGAUUAAGGGAUUCAGUCUCUGCAACAUGAAUGUGCAUCUCUGUAAUCCUGAAUCUAUAAUUAAAUUAGUAAUAUUUAGAAUACCACUUUCUUUGACGCAACCAAAACAGCAGAGCAAUUAUGACAUUAUUCACAAACAAAUAACACAGUCCUGUCUGUUAAAAUCAGACCAGUUGUACCCAUUCUAUGGAGCGAAACAAAUUUGUUCCUGAUUUUGUAAACCUUACCUGUAUGUUCUGUAAUAUCCUAAAGUAAAUGAAAACUUUUACAGCUUUUUGUAAUUUUUCAAGCCCAGAAUGCCACACCCUCACAGUUGUUUCAGUAGAUUAACCUCUAUUUUAAUAACAUUAGGCAUACAGUCACAUUUUCAAUGUUGUGAAACGCUUACUUUAUUCAAAUAAAUGUUUGUUGGAAAACUUCUAACUUCUGUUGUUGAAAGUGACAUUUGAUGGCAACAUAUUUUAUAAUACAUUAUCAAAUAACUUUAUUUGUUAAAAAAAUAAAUACUUUGUUCCUAAACAUUAUUUUCCUACUCUGUGUUUUGGUAUCCAAAUGGAAGUUGUUCAGUUUAACUGCUAAUAAUAAUUAGGGGUAAGACCAGAAUUAAAGCAAUAGCUCAACCAAAAAUAAAAAUUCUCUCAAUUACUUGCCCUCAUAUGAGGUAAAGAUGCCCAAUUUAUGAUACCAGUGUUGUUUGAUUUCACUGCUGAUUUGAAAUAUGUCAUUUAAACGCAAGCAUGACAAACAGCUUUUUGAUUUUCGGUGCUCCCCCCAUUCAAGUAAAUAGGAGUUGCAUUGUCUCAUGACUGGAAA